AUGGCGAAGACCAUUUCAGCUGUCACGCCCGUCGGGUGUAGUUUUGCAGUGGAGCCUAAAUCGGCAUCAAACUUGAGGGCUGCUAACAUUAGGGUGCAUGAAGUGCCUGCUAGCAUCAAGAUUGUAAAGAAGAAGGCGGCAGCCACUGUCUUGCCACCACUGACUGAAGGUGUCCGUGUUGUGACGACUGCCGAGUACAAGCAAGCAGCAGCUUGUCUGGCCGAGGCGUUUAAUGAAGACGACGUUGUCAGGUACUUUGUUGACGUGCCCGACCUUGCCCACUGGAGUGAAGAGCAAAAGUGGGGGCUGCAUGUGGAGAUUCUCGAGUACAUCACGUAUGCUCACAUCCUCAAGGGACUGGUGACUACAGCUGGCAAUUUUGAAGCAGUGGCGCUGUGGCUGCCACCAGGCCAGAACAUGGACGAUUAUCUGACCAUGUUCCGCUCGGGCAUGUGGCGCCUAAACUACCGCCUCUCUGCCGAGGGCAAGCGGCGCUUCUUUGACGAAUUCCUGCCCUUGCUCCAUGACACGAUGCAUAAUACGCUCGGCGAUCGGGAAUCCGAGGCGUGGUACCUUGUUUACAUUGGCACCAAGCCAAGUGGGCGUGGCAAGGGCCAUGCCCGCCGGCUGAUUGAGCAUGUGACCAAGGUGGCAGACCGCGAGGGCAGGCCGUGUUACUUGGAGUCGAGCAAUCCGGUCAAUCCCCCGAUCUACCGCAAGUUUGGCUUCGAGGAGACGCGGACGGUCAAUCUGCAGCGGGGUGGACGCAACAUUCCCAUGGACAUUAUGGUCAGGGAGCCUGUGACGGCGGGAGAGAAGCGCGCAUUGUAA